AUGAGAGGGAGAGUUGAGGUGAUCAAAGAGCUGAUAAGUGCAAAACCGGAAUCAAUUUUUGAGCCAAUCCGUGGAGAAACAGCUUUACAUUUGUGUGUUAAGCACAGUCAUUUGGCUGCACUCAAAGUAUUGGUGGCAUCAGUUGAUGAUGAGGAAUUUCUCAACUCCAAAAACCUUGAAGGAAACUCUAUCUUGCAAACCACUAGCUACUUGCUUUCCGUGCCAAAAAUGAGAGUGGAUUUGAACUCCUUGAUCAAAAAUGGCUUUCCAGCCUUUGAUGUAAGCUGCAGGAACGGCACAACUCAAAGCAAUUUACAGAGGAAUCCCAUCAAAGAAGCAACCACCAAAGUUCAAACCACUCAAUCACCCCAAAGGUUAAAAUCAAUAAUAACAACAUUCUUCAAAUGGAGAAGGCUCAUCAACUACAAGAGCGACCACCAUGAAAACAUAAGAGGCAACUUGAUGGUGGCGGCCAGCUUGAUUGCCAACAUGAGUUUCCAGAUUGCAACAAACCCACCAGGUGGCUACUGGCAAGCAGACGCCACUAAUCUGAAAGAAGAAACCUGCCCAAAGGGGGUUUGCAGAGCUGGAACUUCAAUUCACGCAUACACUCAUGAAAAUCAGUACCACUUAUUAACAUUGUGA